AUGUUAGGACAAAAUACGGCGAUCACCAGUUAUCAAAUUUCGAAUUAUUUUAACGAAAGAGUAGCUGCAAGGAAAGCACAUAUUCAUAAAGCUCUUCAUAUUGUUGCUAAAAUUGUACAAGAAAUUCUAAAAGAAGUCGAAGCGCAAGAACCACGAUUCAUUUCCACACUUAUCGAUAAUAAUGGACGAUAUGAAGGGGUUAUAGUUCAUUCACCAAAUGAAUAUGAAAUAAUCUUAUAUCUUAAUCAAAUGGGUGUUUUUAAUUUCGUUGAUGAUGGUUCAAUAACGGGUUGUGCAGUUUUAAAAUUGAGCGAUGGACGUAAACGUUCAAUGUCACUUUGGGUUGAAUUUAUCACUGCUAGCGGUUAUCUAUCAGCUAGAAAGAUACGAAGUCGUUUCUUAACUUUAGUCGGUCAAUCAAUUGAUAAGCUCAGCUACAAUAAUAUGUGCAAAUUAAUGAAUGAUACAAGUGAUGUAAGGAUUAAAAUCAACGACAAAUAUAUAGUACAAAUCACAUGCGCUUUUCGUUGUAAUGCUAUUUGGCCAAGAAGUGCUAACCAGUGGCCAAGAAAUAAUAUACCAUGGCCAAGUCCAACGAUUAUUAACGAUAUUAAAAAUGAAGGCUUCGAUUUAUUUAGUAAAGAAACUAAUUCAGCCAAUCAACAACAAAAUAAACAGGCAAGUUCAAUGGAAGGCGAUGCAUGGGCAAUGAGCCUUAACCAAGCCGAAAAUAGCUUACUUCAAGGUGGCAGUCGCCGUAAAACAUUUUCCAUUCUAAAAUGUCUCAGGGAUACUCAUUUGGAUUUUCCUUCAUCACCUAUCACUAAUUAUAUAUUAAAAACUUUACUUCUGUUUGAAUGCGAGAAACAUUUCAACGAAUAUGAAUGGGAGGAACGCUAUAUUGGUGACCGAGUUAUUGGUGUAUUAUUACAAUUAGUAUCAUGUUUACAAUGUCGCAAAUGUCCACAUUAUUUUCUACCACAACUCGAUUUAUUAAAAGGCAAAUCAGCUCAUAGCUUAGAUCAAAGUGCUAAAAUAACAUGGAAGCUUGUUCGACAACUGAUGCUAAACGUUCGUGCACUAGAAAAUUUAUAG